UAUACCUUGAUCUGUCGUCGAACUCAUUUUCCCAUCCCAUCCCGGAUUUGUUUGGGAAACUUCAACUUCUGAAGUACCUUGAUCUUUCAGGGAAUUCGUUUAGUGGGUCCAUUCCUCAAUCGCUGGGGACGUUGUCAGCUUUGGAAGAAUUGCGUAUUUGUGGGAAUCAGUUAAAUGGAACAAUUCCAGUUUCUCUUGGUCAAUUAUCAAGCCUUAAGAUACUGGAUCUCUCUUCUAAUCAGUUAACUGGAACCAUUCCAUUAUCUCUAGGUCAAUUAUCAAACCUAAAGAUACUGGAUCUCUCUUCUAAUCACCUAGAAGGAGUUUUAACUGAGGCCAAUUUUGCCAAUCUCACAAUUUUAGAGGAGCUGAGAAUAUAUUCUAACUUGUUGACAUUGAAGGUGAUAUCGCCCCCCCCCUUUUCAAGUGAAAUCACUUCUAAUGGGUUCUUGCAAAAUUGGGACUGGUUUCCCUCAGUGGCUUCGAACCCAAAAGAAAGUUUACGAGUUGGAUAUUUCUAAUGCUAGCAUAUCAGGAACCCUGCCUCAAUGGCUAGAUGAAAUGCCUCUUGUGUUGUUGUAUCUUUCCCAUAACCUUAUCGGUGGACCGAUUCAAAAACUUCCUCCCACUUUACGGGCAUUGUAUCUUUCCCAUAACCUUAUCGGUGGACCGAUUCAAAAACUUCCUCCCACUUUAACGCAAUUGGAUCUCUCCUAUAACUUAAUCUCUGGACCUCUUCCACAAAAUAUCAGUGAGAUGGUGCCCGGUUUGGAAGCUCUGUUACUAGCCGGUAACUUGAUAAGUGGUUUGAUACCCGAUUCAUUGUGGGAAAUUCCAGAUCUAGCAGUUCUUGAUCUCUCCAAAAACAAGCUAUUUGGGAAUCUUCCCCUUUACAAGGGGUGGGGGGAACUUUCAUCACUAUUGGAUAUGAGAUUAUCGUCCAACAAGCUUUCGGGAAUUCUUCGUUCCUCUAUUGGAAAUUUUACUGAUCUGGUGUGGUUACACUUGAACAACAACAGUUUUUAUGGAGAGCUUCCUUCGACAUUGAGAAACUGCACAAGUUUAACGGUAUUGGAUCUUGGUGAGAAUAGAUUCUCUGGAAGCAUACCUACAUGGAUCGGAGACUCGUUUUAUUUGAAAGUUUUGAGACUGCACAAGAAUAUGUUCAUUGACAACAUUCCUUCACAAUUGUGCCAAAUGUUGGGACUCCAAAUCAUGGACUUCGGAAAUAAUCUCUUGACGGGACCCAUCCCGCGUUGUUUAGGCAAUCUCUCUCGCAUGAUUUUGGAUGAAAGUGGGUAUCCUAGGAGUAAUUAUUGGCAAUUAUUUGACACAAUCAUGAUGCAAGUCAUUAAAGGACGCGAACUUGAAUUCACCAGCUGGAACUUAGUACUUCUAGCCAACAUGGACCUUUCGAGGAACAAUCUGGUUGGAUCAAUCCCAAAAGAGAUCACAAAUCUUUCUGGGUUGUGCGGGCUUAAUCUCUCUCAUAACAAUCUGACAGGAAAGAUCCCUGAGAAAAUUGGGGGGUUGAAGUUACUGGAAUCACUUAAUUUCUCCGAGAAUCAACUUUCGGGGAUAAUUCCACAAAGCAUUUCGGGGUUGAAUUUCUUAAGCCGCUUAAACUUGUCAUACAACAACUUGUCUGGACGAAUUCCAACGGGAUACCAGCUCCAAACUCUUCCCUCAUCUAGUUACCUUGGCAACAGUGAACUCUGCGGAGAUCCAUUACCAAGAAAAUGUCGCGGUGAUGAAAAAUCUCAACCUCCGACGGCCACGGGUCACCGGGAAGAACACGAGGAAGAUGACUCUGAAAAAGUUUGGUUCUACGUGGCUAUAAUGAGCGGCUACGCAACGGGGUUAUGGGGAUUCGUAGCUGUUCUGGUGUUAAAGAAGUCUUGGAGGCAUGCUUAUUUCCAGUUUGUGGUCAUGGUCAAAGACGAGGUACUACUGGCGAUUGCACUCAGAGUUGCUCGACUGAAGAAUUACAUCGAUCAGUUCGGUGGGCGAAAACGCAAAUCUACGGACGUUCGUGGAUAAAUAAUUGACUAGUCUCUAAAGUCUUUCUUGCUGAUGACGUUGCUGUUUCAAUUUCUGUAUUGUAAAAUGUUGAAGAAGUUUGCAAAACCUUGUAAAAUAGUUUGUAUUUGGUGUGGUCUAUAGUAGUGUUGGAAAAUAAAGCCUGCGGGCGUGCUUGUUGUACUAUCAUUUAUGACAACUCUGAAUGUAUGUCAUGAAGUUUUUAAA